AUGGCCGACCGGACGAUUGAGUCCUAUGAGGCCAAGCUGCAAGAUGCCUCGUUGGACCUCAAGACCAAAGGCACUCUCCUCACCGAACUGCGGGACCAACUCGAGGGCCUCUGCUCAGGACCGUCGUACUCCAUGUUCCUGAACAAGUUCGUGCCCAUAUUCCUGAACAUCCUGGCGGGACCCGUCGUCUUCACAUCGACCUCACCGGAGCAGAGAGUGCGAUCAUGUGUGUUGGAGAUAAUACAUCGACUACCGCUGUCGUCGGAUAUUCAGGCGAUGGAGCCGCAUGCAGAGAAGAUUGUGGACAAGUGCUUGGAGCUCGUCAAGACGGAGAAUGAGGACAACUCGGUACUAUGCCUCAAGAUUGUUAUGGACUUUUGCAGGUGGCAUACUAAGACUGCUGGUGUUGCGUCAAAAGCUCAACCCUUCUUGGACCUCAUCCUCGAGAUCUUCGAUAGCAUGGAGCAAACCGUCAAGGACACAUUCGAGACGCCAGUCUCGUCAUCUGCUGCUGCGGGAGCUGCUCCUGGCACGCCCAACGCAGGAACUCCAGGAUCGCCUGUGGCUUCCAAUUCUCAAUCGCUCCCACCAGACCCUGGUGCAGAGCAGCAAACGACGAGGCAGCUGGUCAAGGGCAUGCACAGUUUCAAGGUCGUUGCCGAGUGUCCAAUAAUUGUGGUCUCCAUCUUCCAAGCACACCGACAACUGGCGCCCAAGAACGUCGGCAACUUCACGCCUCGAAUCAAGAAUACCCUGCUACUGCAGGCAGGACCUCAGAAGAAAGCUCACGAGGAGGCCGCCCAGAACAACACCAUCUUUACUGGCGUGGCACGGGAGAUCAAGCUCAAAGGCCAGACGGCUGCAUUUGGCGAUCUUGUCACUGCGCAGGUCAAGACUAUGUCAUUCCUUGCCUACCUGUUGCGAGCCUAUGCACAAACCCUUAAUGACUUCCUGCCCAAUCUUCCAGAGCUCACAGUUCGCUUGCUUCGCGACGUGCCCAGAAGUCACACCGCCACGCGUAAGGAGCUCCUGGUGGCUAUCAGACACAUCAUCAACUUCAACUUUAGGGAAGUGUUUCUUCCAGUCAUCCUCCCGUUACUGGAUCCUCUCACCUUGGUCGGCGACUCCUUGACUGCAGAAGUUACUUUGAGACCGCUCGCAUACACCAUGCUUGCUGAUCUCAUUCACCACGUUCGCGAGAAACUGGAUGCCGAGCAAAUCUCGCGAGUUGUUCAAGUCUAUGUGGGCCACUUGACCGGCGACGACGGGGUUGAAGUGCCUGGUACGAGCUAUCAGACGAUGAGUGCGAAGCUUCUCCUUAACAUGGCUGAAUGCAUGUCGAAAGUGGAAGAAAAGAAAGACGCGAGAUUCCUCAUGAUGAGCGUGUUGAAUGGCAUCGCCGAUAAAUUUGCUACCAUGAACCGUGCAUAUCCAAAUGCUGUCAAGUUGUACCGGCAACAGCAGGAGCAUGCUGGUACUUCAGACCUAAUCCCAGAGCACUAUCUUGCAGAGAAAGAUGCAAAGCCAGACUGGGAUGAGACCGACAUUUUCAAUGCCAUGCCCAUCAAAGCCGUCAACCCGAAGGACAGAUCGCAGGACCCUGUGACGGAAAACAAGUUCCUCUUCAAGAAUCUGCUACAAGGACUCAAGCAGUUCUUCUAUCAGUUGCGGAACAGCAACCCUCCUAAGAUCAAGGAGGAGGUCGACGCAUCUGCCGCGCCUCCUCACUGGAAUGAGCUGUCAUCAGGUUUUGAGGCGGAAGAGGUCGAGGUCCUCAUCAAGCUCUUCCGUGAGGGUGCGAAGUGCUUCCAGUACUACGCACCGUUAGACUUGACUGGCGCCGACACGACUCCGAAUGAGCCGAGUGCCAGUCUGUCCACUACUGCAAACUCGAAGGAAGAGAAGGAUCUGCUUGAGACCUUUGCCACCAUAUUCCACCACUUGGACCCGGCCACCUUCCACGAGAUCUUCACUUCAGGGACACCUUCCGGCAUAGAGUUCUUGUACGAGCAGAGCUUCCAACACUCAGCUCUACUGCACAUCCCGCAAUUCCUCCUGGCCAGUGAGGCUACGAGCCCCGCCUUCUGUGGUAUGCUCCUCAAGUUCCUCAUGAGCAAGUUGCAUGAAGUCGGCGAGGACGACUCGAACAAGACAUCUGUCCUGCUACGCCUGUUCAAGCUGUCUUUCAUGGCGGUCACGUUGUUCUCCCAACACAACGAGAGCGUCCUCCUGCCGCACGUGAAGGAGCUCAUCACCAAGUCGAUCGAGCUUUCUGUCACAGCAGAAAAGCCAGAGAACUACUUCUUGCUGCUUCGAUCCCUCUUCCGCAGCAUCGGAGGAGGACGCUUCGAGCAUUUGUACAAGGAGAUACUUCCUCUUCUGGAGAUGCUGUUGGAAGUACUCAACACCCAGCUUGCAGCGGCCCCGGACACUCAGACCAGAGACCUCUUUGUCGAGUUGUCACUGACAGUGCCGGCCCGUCUCAGCCAUCUGCUGCCCCAUCUGUCGUUCCUGAUGCGCCCACUGACUGUUGCUCUUCGAUCUGGAGAGCAGGGACACUCACAAAGCUACCGCGCACAUUCCAACGACCGCUCUUCUACAGGCCCUGGAUCCAGCGAAUUGACUGCACAAGGUCUGAGGACUCUCGAGCUGUGCGUUGACAAUCUCACUGCCGAUUACCUGGACCCUAUCAUGCAACCGUGGAUGGAAGAAAUCAUGGGUAGUCUCUGGCGUAUGCUGAAGCCGGCCAGUUUGACCAGUCCCAACUUCAACCCCUCGAGCGGUGGGCCAGUCCUUGCCAGCGGACACCAGGGUGCGCAUACCGCAGUCAGAAUCCUCGGCAAGCUUGGUGGUAGAAAUCGCCGCUUCUUGACCAACCCACCCGAUCUCGAAUGGUGGGGCUAUGCCGAUGACGAGGCUAGCUACGAUGUCCGUUUCAUCGGAGCUGUGAGCAACGGGGGUGAGCGAGCCAUGCCUUCGAGGCUCGGUAUCGAUACUGCUAUCGACAAGCUCUGGGAGACUCCAAAGAACGCAGCCGCAAAGAAGGCAGAUGAGUUCCACAAGCGCCAAUCAUUCAAGUUCAUCGUUUCGCACGUCAAGUUGCUGAUCGGUCAGGACAAUCUGCCAGAUGAUCUGGCGCGGCUCGUGCGUCUACAAGCGGACGACCUGGCUACGAAGAACUUUGACUUUGGUCCAGAUCUGUUUUCCGUGUCAGAGCGUUCCAAGUCAACAGCAAAGCGAGACGCUCAGCAACAAAUCCUACUGAAGCUUCUGAAAGCUUUGAUCUACGCGUCUGGCAUUGACUGCCUCAAAGAUGAGGCCGAGAGAUUUUUGCAAGGCAUCUACCGCCACUUCAUGCUCGUCGAACUUGCAGUCGCCGUUGCGAAGGAUAAGCACAACAAGCGUCCCUUCGCCGUACAAUCUGGGGAGGGUCCAGUCUUCGUCGAGACCGGCAUCUUGGCUGAGGCCAUCUGCGAGAGCCUGGCAUCAGACGUGAAGAGUGUUCGGGAGACGGCAGAGAAUGCAGCCAGAACGUGCCUGAAGGUCGCGACGACCAUCUUUGGCUCUGAGCAGAAGGCUGAGUGCCUGCCGUUCUUCGUGAAGCUCGCCGAGACUUUCAACCACGCCUGCUACGAAGAGGAAUGGUUCACCAAGCAAUCAGGAUCGAUCGGUAUCUCCAUCUUGACAGACAAGGAGAAGAUGCCAUUCUCCGACACCUGGAUCACGGAGAGAAUGGCGGAGAUGCUGAAAGCGCUUCUGUACGUCGUUAAAGACAUGCCUCAGGACCUUCCCGCCAAUAUCCGCGUACAAGCAAAGGACACGGUGAUUGUCUUGGUCAAGCGAUUUGGUGCUAGCGGCCAAGAGCAGAAAGAUGCUCUUUCGACUAAGGAGAGCAGACUGCACCGACUAGCCAGCCAACUCAUAUCUGAGAUCAGCAACAUGAAUCGCCAUGUCCGAGAGGUUGCCCAAAUGGCAUUGCGAGCAUUGGCUGCAGCAUUCGAUAUGCCCUACUACGAACUCCUGGCACCUGUCAAGGACAUCGUCACUGGACCUAUCUAUGUGAAGCCCCUGCGCGCAUUGCCCUUUGGCGGCAUGAUUGGCUACAUCGAGGCGAUAAGCUUCCUGCUUGACGUCCCCGUCGACAAGGAGAUUCUGCCAUUUGACAAUGACCUUAGCCGCUUCCUGUUCGAGACGCUUGCACUGGUCGAUGCUGACGAUGAGAAUCUGGCUCCCAAGCCUUACGAGUUCCGCGCCGCAGAGUCUAUCAAUCGACUUCGUGUUGCUGGGCUCAAGCUCCUCACGACUGCGAUCAAGCUACCAGGUUUCAACAACGCCACCACUGGGCAGCAGGGUCAAGGACAGACACCGAGCAACCAACACCGAGCCCGAGUUAUUAGCAUCUUCUUCAAGUCUCUCUACAGCAAGCAAAAGGACGUUGCCGGUGCCGCCAACGCUGGCUUGAAGAUUGUUCUUCAAUCAACUUCGAAGCUGCCGAAAGACUUGCUGCAGAAUGGGCUCCGGCCGAUACUCAUGAAUGUUCAGGACCCGCGCAAGCUCUCCGUUGAAGGACUGGAAGGCUUGAGGACGUUGCUGCAGCUCCUACACAACUACUUCAAAGUCGAGAUUGGGACUAGAUUGCUCGAUCACAUGAAGCACAUAGCAGAUCCGCCUACUUUGCAGAAGGUGUCUUUCUCCCUAAUCGAGGCACAGCCCAAGAUGAAGAUUGUGACGGCGAUAUUCAGCGUCUUCCAUCUGCUACCUAACCAAGCCGCGCAAUUCUUGCAAGACCUGGUGGAUCGGGUUUUGUCACUGGAAGAGUCGCUGAGGCGGACACGCAGCAGCCCAUUCAGAGAGCCAUUGGUUAAGUACCUGAACCACUACCCCAACGAGAGCUGGACAUACUUCAGCGAGAAAAUGAAGGACGCCACUCGUGGUCGAUUCUUCGCACAGAUUCUCGGACAUCCUGAGAGCGGUGCACUACGAGAGAAGGUCAUCAAAGAGGUUGACGGGCUCGUCAACACCUUCAACGGCGAAGGCACUGACGAAGAAAAGGCUCAGGCCGCCGUCAAUGCUCUUCACUGUGCUGAUGCCAUCUGCUCGUUCGAAGACACUUCCAAGCAGCUCCUCGAGAACGAGAAAGCACGAAAGGCCUUGCUUGAUGCAGCGAAGUCACUGCAGAGCCAGUUGCAGGAUGGCAAGAUCCCAAGCCAUCUGCGAUUGGCUGUGAUGCAGACUGCUGAGCAGAUUAUGCACAUUAUGACCGUCUACCUACAACAGCAGCCCAAGGAUCUGGAUACUCUGUUUGAGAUCUUCGAUUGCUGCACCACGGGCGAACUCCAGGCUUGUCCCUCGUUGUUCGCCUUCCUGUACACAGAGGUCAUUACCAACCAGUCUGUGGAGUAUCAGCGCUCGAUCGUGCAUCGAUGCAUUGAGGUUUAUACCUCCAAGGACACGACGCAGAAGUUAAAGUGGUUUGUCUUCCACAACUUGUCCAACCCAAUCCUGGCGAACGAUGUCAUGCGCAAUUGGGACAGUCUGUUCCAAGCGAACAGCAAGGGCACUGCUCUUCUGGACAAAGCAAUGACAGAAGAAAUUCACAACAAGCUCUGGAAGCCUCAGUCCGUAGCUGACACUACCGACGACAGUACCCCAGGCGUGGAUCACAGCCGGAUGGAACUCUUGCAGACGUCCGCCUUCCUCGUCAAGCAUCAUCACAGUAUGCUCCAGGAUGCUCGGAAAGACCUCAUUAAGUUUGGGUGGAACUAUAUUCGACUUGACGAUCACAUCAACAAGUACGCGGCGUACUGCCUGAUCGCUUACUUCAUCCACCACUACGAGACACCACCAAAGAUCGCCAUGCAGGUGUACAACUCCCUUCUGCGUGCACAUCAGACUGAAGGCAGAAAUCUGGUCAUGCAGUCACUCGAAGUCCUCGAGCCUGUUCUGAAGAAGCGUCUCGGUGGCGCCGAUGGUCGGAAUAGCGUCUGGUCACGAUUGCCACGCAAGAUAUUGAGCGAAGAGCUUGGCAACGUGCAACAGCUGACCAGCAUCUACAACUUUGUUGUGCGUCACCCGGACCUCUUUUACGAGGGCAGAGAUGCUUUUGCUACGAUCAUCAUCCCUUCGAUGAGCAAGGUUGCCCAACUGCCGAACCCGAGCGUCGAGGGUAGAAAGCUUGCGGUGCACCUUUUCACGCUCAUUUACCAGUGGGAAGAGCGUACCGUCAAGGACACUGGCUCACUUGCUGGUGCCGAGUCACCCACGGGCGACAAGCCAAGCAAUCCGAAGAAAGCUGCCAUAGGAAGCGCAGCUAUUCGACUGAUGCUCAUCAAGUACAUGGUGCAAUUCAUUGCGACCUUGUCCGAGCGGUGCCCCGUUUCUCCUCCCCGCAGCAAGGAGCUGUCUCCCAGUCAGCACCAGCAACAACAGUAUCCCACAGAGACAGUGACCAAGUCACUUGAUCUCCUCUCAAAGCUACUGUCCCCUCCGUACUGGGAUGACCUGGACAUCGAUGCCAUGUUUCCUAAGGUCACUGAGCAGAUCUUGUGUUCAGACCACAAGCAGGAUGACAAGCCCGAUCUUUGGACUACCCGUGUUGUCAACACCAUCCAGAUUCUCAAGGUCCUUGUCAACUCUAGAUCAGACGAGUGGGUGAUUGCAAGGCUGCCACAGCUGCAGAAACUGCUCGCGAAGCAAAUUGGCAGCGAGACCAUCGAAAUCCAGGAUGCUUUGCACAAUGCAGACCUGCCUGAUAGUGUGGUUCCGAGGCUGCCACCAUUGCUGCAGGGGAUCCUGCAGCCCAUUCCUACUCAACAACCCGAAGACGAACUCCCCGACGCUGAUAGCCCCACGGAAGAGUUUACGACCUUCUUGACAACAACAGCAGGUGAGAUUCUCGCGAACGGCAGCCAUGUUGCAGGCAUCAACAUCCUCUGGGUCAUGUCUCAGCGCAAGCCUGAAGACAUUGAUCCGCAUAUCCCAGCAUUGUUGAAGACGUUGCAGACGAAGCUGGCCAAGGACCACCUGGCGGCACAAAUCAUGCCCCAGAUGGCACAGGCGACAGGCAUGCAGCCGCAUAACUCUAGCCCACUCGAGAUCGAAAUCACCGUAAACAUGAUCAUCAAGGUCAUUGAGAUGCUGUCCUCUCGCAUCAGCAUGCUCGGCGAGCAACGUCGGCCCUAUCUCAGUGUGCUAGCGUCGCUGGUGGAACGCUCGAUGAGCAAUGCGCUCUGCGAGAAGAUCCUCAACCAGGUUGAGAAUUGGGUGUUCAAUCCCACCGAGCCAGUCCCAACAUUGAAGGAGAAGACUGCUGUCCUGCAAAAGAUGAUGCUCUUCGAGAAUCGUCCCGAUCCGACACUGUACAACCAGUUCAUGAAUCUCGUCAUCCGCAUCUACGAGGAUCCCAAGAUCACUCGUUCGGAAUUGGCUGUGCGCAUGGAGCACGCAUUCUUGAUAGGAUUGAGGAGCCAGGACAUUGAUAUGCGUACGAGAUUCGUCUCGACUUACGACAAGGCCCUGAGUAGGACUACGGGCAAUCGAUUCUUCAAGCUCAUCUGCGAGCAGCAAUGGGAUGUCUUGGCCGAGUCAUUUUGGCUCAGUCAGGUCAUUCAGCUCAUGUUUGGCUCUCUCGACCAACACAGCUCUCUUCACCUACAUGCGGACGACUUUAGGUGUUUGCCAGCCUCGAAAGCGUUUGGCACAUACAGCAGUGAUGCACGUCUGGGAGAUGUCAUGAUUGACGAUGCACUCGAAGCGAUGCUAGCUGAAGAGAAGCAUUUCAUGAGAGAAGUCAACGUGGUGCCAGCUCGAGACAUUCUCGGUCCACUUGCUGAGAUUCAACACACCGACUGGCAUCUUGCUCACGACAUCUGGGUUGCCUACUUCCCUAUGUGCUGGUCAACGCUGACCAAGGACGAUCGCGAUGAUGUGGAGCAUGGAUUGGUCUCUCUCCUUGCCAAGGACUACCAUCAGCGACAGCUGGAUCGUCGUCCGAACUGCGUGUCUACGCUACUGGAAGGUAUCGCCAGCGCCCGCCCGCGUGUUAAGUUCUCCCCGCAGGUUAUGAAGUACCUCGCCAAGUCGUACGAUGCGUGGUAUGUCGCUGCAACUUUCAUGGAAGAUCUCGCCAUGAAGCCCAUUGUAGACACGGCAGCUGUUCGCGAGAGUAAUCUAGACGCUCUUGUGGAGACCUAUGCUGGCUUGGAGGAGAGCGACCUUUUCUACGGAACUUGGCGCCGCCGCGCAGUGUAUGUCGAGACCAACGCUGCCUUGUCGUACGAGCAGAACGGCGUCUGGGACAAGGCACAGACGAUGUACGAGCAGGCUCAGGUCAAGGUCCGAACUCAGUCAUUGCCAUACUCUACAGGCGAGUACAUGCUCUGGGAAGAUCACUGGGUCCUCUGUGCCCAGAAGCUCCAGCAGUGGGAUGUCCUAGGAGAAUUUGCCAAGCACGAGAACCUCAAUGACCUCUAUCUGGAGUCAAUGUGGCGAAGCUAUGAUACCUGGACUACAGCGGAGAACAGGGAGCACCUGGAGACAGUGAUAAAAGCAGUGUCGGACGCUCCUACUCCACGUCGUAUGUUCUUCCAGGCGUUCAUGUCACUGCUCAAGCUGCACAACAAGACCGAGACGCCGCAGGACUUCAACCGCAUCUGCGAUGAGAACAUCCAACUCUCGAUCAAGAACUGGCACAAGCUGCCACGGCGCAUUACAGGAGCACACAUUGGUCUCUUGCAGAACUUCCAGCAGCUCGUCGAGCUCCACGAUGCUAGUGUCAUCUGCCAGAGCUUAGCGCAGACGAAUGCUGGAAAUCUGGACGUGAAGUCUCAAGAGCUGAAAGUGCUCCUCAGUACUUGGCGAGACCGCCUGCCGAAUCUAUGGGACGAUAUCAAUGCCUGGCAGGAUCUGGUGACCUGGCGCCAGCACAUUUUCCAGCUCAUCAAUGGAACCUAUCUGAGUCUGUUGCCGAACAACGGGCAGAAUGCUACUGGCAACUCCUUUGCGUACCGUGGCUACCAUGAGACAGCCUGGAUUAUUAAUCGCUUCGCUCAUGUCGCUCGGAAACACAACAUGCCUGAAGUGUGCAUUACUCAACUCAGCAAGAUCUACACCCUUCCUAACAUAGAGAUUCAGGAGGCGUUUUUGAAGCUGAGAGAGCAAGCCAAGUGUCACUACCAGAACCGGAGCGAGCUCACGAACGGGCUUGAGGUCAUCAACAACACUAAUCUGAACUACUUUGGUCAGCAGCAGAAGGCUGAAUUCUACACGCUAAAGGGCAUGUUCUUGAGCAAGUUGAACCAGAAGGAGGAGGCUUCUGAUGCCUUCGGUACGGCGCUAUUCUUCGACAUCAAGCUUCCAAAGGCGUGGGCAGAAUGGGGUCGGUACAGCGACAAGCUCUUCAAGGAGGAUCCCACCAACAUGGAGCUUGGCUCCAAUGCGCUCAGCUGCUACCUGGAAGCCGCCGGUCAAUACAAGAGUGCCAAGUCCCGCAAGCUGCUCAGCCGGAUCUUGUGGUUGCUGAGCUUGGACGACUCUGAGGGCACUCUGUCCUCCAAGUUCCAUGAGUACCACGGCGAUCAUCCAUGGUGGUACUGGGUCACCUUCAUCCCACAGCUGCUUAAUAACCUGUCGAGGACGGAGAAGGAGGCAGACAUCGCUCACCAGAUCCUCAGCAGCCUGGCAAAGACGUACCCGCAGGCACUGCACUUCCAGCUUCGCACGUCUCAUGAAGACAUGCUGGUCAUCAAGAAGUCUAUUUCCCAGCGUGAGCAGAAGGAGAAGGCUGCCAAGGCGAAGCAGCAAGGUGGAGAAGUCGCCAAGACGGAGUCACCAGCUCGACCAGAGAGUGCCGGCGGACAAUCACGACCUGGCACUGCGGCUGGCGAGCAAGCUCAGACCACUGAGACGAACGGCGAAGAAGUCAAGAAGGAGGGUGAGGAGACCAAGGAGAAGCCGAAGCCUCGCAAGGCGUGGGAGCAUACUGAAGCAUUGAUAAUAACAUUGCGCACUGCGUUCCCACUGCUCUAUGCGUCGAUGGAGGCCAUGGUGGAGCAGAUCCAGCGCCACUUCAAAUGUCCGCCAGAUGAGGACGCCUUCCGAUUGAUCGUCGCACUCCUCAACGAUGCGCUCAGCUAUGUCGGCCGGUCGCCUCAUUCGUUCUCCCAGGAGAACAAGCUGCCACCGCAGACUGAAGCGAACAUCACGCGAUUUGCCGAUACUAUCCUGCCGCCGCACAUCCGCAAGGCAUUCGAGGCCGACUUUGUCACCAAGAAGCCGACGAUGUACGAGUACAUUCUCAAGCUGCGGCGAUGGCGUGACAAGCUGGCUGAGCGACUAGACCGUCGACCUUCGCAGUUCCACCUCGCUGAGACGACGCACUUGAGCGGCUUCCGCUUCGUCUGGUUCGACGAAGUGGAAAUUCCUGGCCAAUACCUCCAGCACAAGGACAAGAACCAGGACUUUGUUCGCAUCGAGCGCUUCUUGCCCGUUGUCGAUAUGGUCCGUGGUGUUGCUGGCAGUCACCGUAGGCUCAAGAUUCGUGGCCACGAUGGUAGCGUGCAUCCGUUCGCUAUUCAGCACCCGGCGCCACGACACAGUCGCCGCGAAGAGCGCAUUCUGCAGCUGUUCCGCAUCUUCAACAGUACACUGUCGAAGAAGAAGGAGAGUCGUCGCCGCAACUUGCAGUUCCACCUGCCGGUCAUGGUUCCCGUGUCGCCAGGAAUGCGUCUUAUCCAGGACGAUCCAUCGUACGUCACCUUGCAAGCCAUCUACGAGGAUCAUUGUCGCCGCCACGAGAUCGACAAGGACGAGCCACUCAUGUUCACCAUGGAGAAGAUGCGGGGCAUUCCGCCUCAGAAGCAAGAGCAGUGGCUCAACAUGCGCAUCGAAGCGUUGAACCACAUCCAAGAGCGUUAUGUGCCAAAGGAUGUUGUUCGCAAGUACUUUGCCGCCACCUAUCCUUCCUACGACUCGUUCUGGCUGUUCCGCAAGCACUUCUCGUACCAGCUCGCGGCGUUGACGUACAUCACCUUCACUAUGCACAUGACCGUUCGCUAUCCCAACAAGAUGCAUAUCGCCAGAGGUAGUGGCAACAUCUGGGGCUCUGAGCUGUUGCCGUUCAUGCUGGCGAAUCGUCCGAUCUUCCAUCAGCCUGAGCCGGUACCGUGGCGACAGACACCAAAUCUGCAAGUGCUCAUGGGACCGAUUCACACCGAGGGCAUCUUCACGUGCGCUUUGAUGGCCAUUGCCCGCUGCUUGACGUCUGACAACAUCUCAAGCCCACCUGCCACAGCCAAUGGACAGCAGAACGCCGCACAGGAGACGAAUAACUGCGAGCUUGAGCAUCAUCUGUCCAUCUUCAUCAGAGAUGAGAUCCAGUUCUGGUACACGCAGUCACACCGCCAAGGACACUUCAAGGAGAACGAGAUGCGCGAGCACGUCCAGCGCAACGCCGAGGCGAUCGUCAACAAGGCUGUUGCUAUUGCGAAGGAGCCGACAGGCAACAACCUGCCGGCUAGUCAGAGCGUGCUCGAUUUCAUUGCCAAGGCCACGAAUCCGGAGAAGCUGGCGCAGACGGAUCUGCUUUGGAUGCCGUAUCUGUAA